AUGGAUCCUGCACCUAGCAGUUGCCUGCAGAGUUCCCACCCGCCAGUCCCCAUCUGGGGCUGCCUUCGGAACCCCCACGUGGAAGGUGGUGGGGCCUCAGGGCUGCCCCAUUACCCGCCAGCUCCACUGUCCUUCCACCAGAAAUCAGACUUUCUAGCGACAGCCACCGCAGCAUACCCUGACUUCUCAGCUUCCUGUCUGGCGGCCACCCCCCACAGCCUGCCCCGGGAGGAGCGUAUCUUUACUGAACAGCACCCUGCUUUUCCACAACCCCCUGACUGGCACUUCCCUGUCUCUGAGGCGCGGCAAAGGCUCAAUCUGGGCCCAGCUGGGAACUCCAGGGAGAUGGGGGCCAGCAGCCCAGGCCUGGUAGAUGCUACAGGAGGACCAGGUGAGGACUUCGGGGUGCUUGCGAGUGCAGGCAGUGAAACAGAGAAGAAAUCAUCUGGGCGGAAGAAGGAAAGCUCAGACACCCAGGAGAUUCGAGGGAAGCAGGAAGGCAGCAGCAAGGCUCGCAAGGAGAGGACAGCCUUCACCAAGGAGCAGCUGAGGGAACUGGAGGCCGAGUUCGCUCACCACAACUACCUCACCCGGCUGCGCAGAUAUGAGAUUGCUGUAAACCUCGACCUCUCUGAGCGGCAGGUCAAAGUAUGGUUCCAGAACCGAAGGAUGAAGUGGAAGCGUGUGAAGGGGGGUCAGCCUGUUUCCCCCCAUGGUCAGGACCCUGAAGAUGGGGAUUCUGCAGCCUCUCCAAGUUCAGAGUAA